GAUUUCAUUUCAGUGACAGAGCCGAGGAAGGAGAGGAGGAAGAACGGCCAGCAUCCAAUCACUCUCGUAUACAUUUGCAGAACUUCCGUUCAAGUACUCUGCGGCUUGGCUCUGCUUCUUGAGACUGCGAUCGGCAUCGCCGUCAAGGAUUCAAUUCCGGUCCUUAGCUUCCCUGCUGCCGUUCAUUUUUGGUGAUUUCACCUCUUUCAGCUAGCGAAGAUGGUUGUUCUGGCCGCUUCCAUAGUCAGCAAGUCUGGAAAAGUACUUGUGUCCAGGCAGUUUGUUGAUAUGUCUCGAAUAAGGAUUGAAGGAUUGCUUGCUGCUUUUCCAAAGUUGGUUGGAACUGGAAAACAGCAUACAUAUGUUGAAACUGAGAAUGUGCGAUAUGUUUACCAACCAAUAGAAGCGCUGUACUUGCUGCUUGUGACCAACAAGCAGAGCAAUAUACUUGAGGAUUUGGAUACCCUUCGACUUCUCUCCAAGCUUGUACCUGAGUAUUCUAUGUCAUUAGAUGAGGAGGGAAUAUGCAGGACAGCUUUCGAGUUGAUCUUUGCUUUUGAUGAAGUCAUUUCCCUUGGGCACAAGGAAAAUGUAACUGUUGCCCAAGUCAAGCAAUACUGUGAGAUGGAGAGCCAUGAAGAAAAGUUACACAAGUUAGUUUUGCAGAGUAAGAUUAAUGAAACGAAGGAUGUGAUGAAGCGCAAAGCUAGUGAGAUCGACAAAAGCAAGAUUGAGAAGUCUAGGGGUGACAGGGGAGGAUUUAAGGGUCUGCAAGGUAUGGGAUCUGGAAGACUUGAGAGUAGCUUUAGUGAGAUGAGCAUAUCUAGCUCUGGAAGUGGUUUUGGAAGUGGUUCUGGAUUUGGAUUGACUACUGACGUGGAUUCGUUUUCAAGCAAGCCCAAAGGCCGUGCACCUUCAUCUGCCACUGCUCCUCCCAAAGGUCUUGGCAUGCAGCUUGGUAAAACCCAGAAAACAAAUCAGUUUUUAGAAAGCUUGAAGGCUGAAGGUGAAGUGAUUCUUGAAGAUGUGCAGCCAAAGGCAGCCACCUCUAAAUCGGCUGCCCCACCUCCAACUGAUCCUGUCACUCUUACUGUGGAGGAGAAACUUAAUGUCACACUUAAACGAGAUGGUGGAGUAAGUAAUUUUGAUGUUCAAGGCACACUAUCACUCCAGAUCCUUAACCAAGAGGAUGGACUGAUCCAAGUUCAGGUUGAAACUGGGGGUAAUCCAGGCAUCCUUUUCAAGACACACCCUAACAUCAACAAAGAGCUCUUCUCAAAUGAAAAUAUUCUUGGCCUGAAAGAUCCUAAUAGGCCUUUUCCCACUGGCCAAGCUGGUGAUGUAGCAGGUGUUGGUCUUUUAAGGUGGAGAAUGCAAAGCGUUGAUGAGUCAAUGGUGCCCCUGACAAUCAAUUGCUGGCCUUCCGUGUCUGGAAAUGAAACCUAUGUCAGUAUUGAAUAUGAAGCCUCAACAAUGUUUGAUCUAAGAAAUGUUGUGAUCUCAGUACCACUUCCUGCUCUUCGUGAAGCACCAAAUGUGAGACAGAUUGAUGGAGAAUGGAGAUAUGACUCCAGGAAUUCCAUCUUGGAGUGGUCGAUACUUCUCAUUGACAAUUCAAAUCGCAGUGGAUCGAUGGAGUUCGUUGUUCCUCCAGCAGAUUCUUCAGCAUUUUUCCCAAUAUCAGUGCAGUUUGCAGCUACCAGUACUUUCAGUGACCUAAAGGUUGUGAACAUCUUGCCUCUGAGAGGUGGACCUCCUCCCAAGUUUUCUCAAAGGACUCACCUGAUUGCGGACAAUUACCAAGUGGUUUGAGUGUGAAGAUACAUUCAGUUGCAACUGAGAUGCUUUUGCACAAUUACUCUUUGUUUGCCUUUUUAUUAAACAAAAAACCGUAAAUUUUCAGUUACUUGAGCAAUCUCUAUAGUGCUGGAUCCCCUGAACCAACAUCUUCUUGAAUGUCAAUUGGGUGGUGAGUUUAAUGUUUUGUAGAUCUUAUAUUUAGCUUGUAUGCGCUGUUUAUGUCUUUUCUUUUGGUGAAUCUAAUAUUGUAUGGUGACACUGUUAUGCCAUAUAUACGAUGACUGGGAACUAAAAACUUGGCCUGUGGUCUUCC